AUGUGAAUGAGCUGCAGCUCAGUAAACGUGUCAUUAAAGCGAUUACCAAAGAGAGACUGGAGGAGGCCAGAGGAGCAGGACCUGGCCUGUGUGUUGAUCUCAGCAUGACUGACUGUCUGUCUGCCAAAGAAAUCAGCCGCCUUGCAUGUCAGAUCAGGCGCCUCUACGGAUGCAACAAGAAAGCCUUGCAGCCAUUCCGCAUAUUUCUGACGGAGUUAAAAAAGGACAGUCUGCUGUAUAACGAAUGUGUUCGGAUGAAUGACGGCUUCCUGAAUUAUUUGAUUGAUGUGACUGAGGAGAGCUGGUUUCAUCUGUUUCCCUCUGAAGAUGUGAUAUA